AUGUCCUAUCCCCAGCACCCUCCGCAAGGAUAUCAGCAGGGCCCUCCGCAAGGAUAUGGCUACCCCCCGCAAGAAGGCUAUGCUCCGCAGGGCUACCCUCCUCAGGGAUACCCUCCCCAGGGCUACCCUCCGCAGCAGCAGAUGGGCUACCCCCAGCAAGCACCACCUGCAGCAGCAGCACCAGAGCAGAAAUCAGACAAGGGAUGUCUCAUGAGUUGGUAA